UGGAGCGGGUUACUUUACACCAAAUCAGGGUUUCAGUGAGUAACACUGCCGCCAUAGGUGGAGGUUGCAGAGAAGCAUGUUGGGAUUAAAGCUGUGACUGAACCCGUCGGGCUCCCCGCUCGCACCUGGUCCUCACCGUGACGCACAGGUUACCGGAGUCACGUUGGAGCGGAGCCGGCUGCUGCUGCGGCGGCGGCGGCGGCGGAGGGAUCAACCAAGUUUGGGAUGCAGUGAGAGAGGAUGCUCGCGCCUGCUCGCAGUUCUUAUUGCGCUUUAAAUUUGAGCGGAAAAUAAGGUCGCCCGCGUGGGAUGCGAAAGGGUCAGAUUUUGUCUGGCGUGCGUCAGCCUUAGACAUCUCUAGAAAUAUGUGCGGCGGAUUUUGUCUCGUUCGCGCCGAGCAGCGAGGAGAUCACCGAUAGAAUCCCAAAUCCUUGGAUGAAUUUUUGGAGAAGGACCUGGAAGAGGGAGGAGGGGACUGGCGGCGGGUGGUGGUGGGGGGGAAAUCUGAUCCAAUGUGGCGCAUCCACCGCUCCUGACUGCGCGUAAUGGGGAGAAAAGUUUUUUCGGACGCGCUCGCAGCAUCCCGCCGCUCGUAAAUAACAUGUGAAUCCCGCUUCUUCUGAACGCAGCCGACGAAGUUUCCGAGUGAUUUUUCAAACCAACCCAUUAUGACUUGAAACGCCCUCGGGGUGAUCGGGACUCCAAUCGAACCAGUUAGCGAUCCCCGCUCCGCCAAAGACGCGCAGACGGACGUUCAUGAUCUAGACACGAGAGAGGAUUUCUGCAGCAACGCAGCGAAACAAGCCCGAUCCGCUUUUGUCAGAGAGAGAGAGAGAGAGAGGUUCCGUUCGGAUGGCUGUGAUGCUGUACCAGCUUGGCCAGAGGUGUGUGAUGGAGCUGGUGCUGCUGACCGUCCUGUCCUGGGUCUCCGUGUGGGCGGAGGAGAAGAUCAUAUUUGACAGACACGCUGUGUACUGGAACAGCUCCAAUCCCAAGUUCUGGCAUGGCGAGUACAGAGUGGCGGUGAACAUCAACGACUAUCUAGACAUCUACUGUCCUUUCUACGAGGGCCCUCCGUCCCACGGGCGAAUGGAGCGCUACAUCCUGUUUAUGGUCAACCACGAAGGCUACACUUCCUGCCAGCACAGGAUGCGCGGCUUCAAACGCUGGGAGUGCAACCGCCCCAGCGGUCCGGACGGGCCCCUGCGCUUCUCAGAAAAGUUCCAGCUCUUCACGCCCUUCUCGCUGGGCUUCGAGUUCAGGCCUGGACACGAGUACUACUACAUCUCGUCUCCUCACCCAAACCACGUGGGCCGGGCAUGUCUAAAGCUGAAGGUGUAUGUCAGACCUCCAGAUGGGUCGGGAUACGAUUCUCCGGAGCCGUUCCUGACCGACGGAGGUCCGGGCUCCGGCGCAGCAGGCUGGGCAGUUCUGUUUGCGGCUCUGGCCCCGCUCGUCCUGGGACCCGUCUUCAGGCUGUGACUACCCCACCCACCCCCGUCUCCCUCCUCUUCCCGGAGCGCCCAUCCUGGGAUAAUGGGCUGGGCUGGCUGUCCCUCUAAAUCCACCACCCCUCAGGGAAGCCCUCUGUCCUCCACUCUCCUUCUUCUUCCCACCUCCACCUGCAGUAUGACCACCAACCACCCUCCACUGCCAGCCCCCUUUUAUGGCGCCCAGCCACAGACACCCUUUCCUGGAUUACCUGCAAUGUUUUUUUGUUUUUUUUUUAAGGCAGUCUGGGAAGCUACCUUUCCUUCUCUUAUCCCUGAAUCGUCGGUGGAGCAGCACCUUUUAGCUGAAAACACAAGAGAAAUGUCUCAGCACUCAUAUCAGGGGGUCCUUUUUUGACUCUUGCCCACUGAUGGGGUUAGAUGUAGCCAUGGCUAUGAUUAAACUUGUCGUUCCAGUGCAGUCCCCAUCCUCCGAUCACGGCGGGGUGGGGUUUUGUGGGGAGGGGGGUGAGAGGGACGUCGUACGACAGGCCUGAAUGCACAAAAAUUGGUUUUUCGCUGCUUCCUCGAUCUAUGAAUUGGAAGUGACCAAGCUCGCAUUGAAAUAUGAAUUCAAUAGGACGUAGACCAUCUCCAAAGUGCAAUGAGGAUAGGAGUAAUUACGACGAGAGCAGGAGAAAAGUGACCUGGACUUUGCUGCGAUGUGCAAAGAAAAGUGUGAAAGAAUACAGCUGAGGGAAAAAAAUAAAAAAUAGAUCUCACUGCAGUAAGUUAAGAAGUGUAACUUACUGCAGUGCCCAGGAAACUUAUUCAUACAACUUGAGCUUUGUACAAUUUCGUAAUCUCCAACCACAAGUUUUAGUGUAUUUUCCAGACAUUUUAUACUGUAGAACUUUGCAACAUAGCACAUAAUUGUGACAGGGAAGUAAAAGACAUACAUUUUUUUUUAUAUAUAUAUAAAAUAUUCCAUCUUUCUCUCCAUGUCUUUUGGGGUUGUAGCUCUGCCAGCUUUCCACAUUUCUACAACAGCUUGUCUCAUCCUUAAUGGUGAAAUACCUGCAGUUUAAUUAGACUGGAUAAAGAGUCUGCAAACCUCAAUUUUCAAGUCCCGACACAGAUUCUUAAUUGCAUCUAGGCCUAAAUUUUGACUGGGCCAUUCUAACACGUGAACACUUUGAUCUAAGCUCCUCCACUGCGUUUCUAGUUGUAUUUUCAAGGCGGUCUCAAAUGUUCUGUGGUUUUUUAAUACAUGUCAGCAUAGUUGGACACUCAUCUCUUGAUAGAUUUGGUUUCUUUCCAUAAUCGGAUGAUGGAAUGAAAGCGCUCUGUGAGAAAAGAGUUGAAUUCUAAUCGGCGCCGCACUUUUCACACUUUUACGCGCAAAAACAGUUGGAACAAUUAUAUUACUCGGUGUUGCUCUAAAACAGUAAAACACAUAUAAGUUGAUGCAAUGUGACAAAAUGUGAAAAAGUUCAAGUGGUACAAAGACUUUUGGCAAAACACGGCACGCCGUGUGCGUUCGCUACGACUUUCCUGGAGCUCUGAAUUUGCAUUUUGGCGACAAGUAUAACCAUAGCCUGUUUUAACGGGGCGGGGGACUGGGUGGGACGUCAUGGGUGGGUUUGGUGGGAUGUAGAUUUUCAGGUGGGCUGUGUUUUGUCUUUUAUGUGUUUCUAAACAAAGCAUUUAUCACGGCCUGGCCUGCACAGGCGUAUCCAGCACUAGCUAAUGUUGUCUGGGUCGGGUGACUUUUGGAACCAGGACUUUCUCUUGUAUGAAUGUACCACUGGCCACCCACCUCUUUGUUAUUUUCUUUGUUGUUUUUUAGUUUUUCUCCGUAUUGUCAUGACUGUGGUCACUUACAGUACCUUCUCUUGGAUUGGCAGGAUUUUAUCAAUGGCUCUGAGAUUCGACGAGAAGGCGGGGGUGAAGGGUGGGAGGGCAGAGGGGAGGGCAGGUGAGAAAAGGAGGCGACACUCAAGUUGCAUGACCACUGUGAAACCUUCAGAUCAAACUUGUUUCUAUUGAUAUAUUUUUUCAUGGUGAGAAAAAAAAAAGAAGAAAAAUCAGAAAACAUCCCGCUUCAACUCUCUUGCUCUCCCUGAGACUUUUUCAGACAUCAAAGGCGGGGGAAAGGGGGAGGUGGGGUAGGGGGGGCAAUAUUCAGACUCCUUCCUCACACAGUUUCUCCUGUCUGGGCUCUCAGUCGUUGAUGGAUUAGCUUGGGCUGGAAAGAUAAAUGGACCCGCAGGGCGAAACUGACUGGAAAUCGGCCCCCGAAGCCCAACUCGGAUCACGACGGACGUAAACAAGGACUGAAGCUGAUCCCGGGUCCAGGGGGUUAAACCAAUAAGGGAAGCACAUAGACUGUGGCAAAUGAGGCGAGGUGUGUGAGCAAGCUGUGUGUGAGGUAGCAUUACAGAAACACAUAUAUGCACACGCAGACACACCCCCACACACACACACAUAAACACUUAAAGCGACAGUGAAAGCCCACACGGACAAGAGCGAACAAUCAAAGAAAGAGUGUGUUUGAUGGGACUCAAGCAUAAAGAGUAAGCACUGUGAACACAAACGCACGCACACACACACACACACACACGUAACAAUCCAUAAACAGAUAACCACACUUGCCAACAUACAUGCAAAAAAAUGAGUGCAGUUGUAGACAUUUACAAAGACAUGCAAACGUGUACAAAACACAAACAAGGGGAAAAGCUUGUUCCCCUAUUCCAUCUUAUUUUUGUAGCAUUUAAAAAUCACUGUUAAUUACUCCUUGGUGGAAUGCAGUGAUGAGGUUAUCGCCUCAGAAGGAUUACAACAACAACAAAAAUAAUGUGUCUUCUUCUGUUCCACUGAUGCUGUCCCUCUAUCGUUUCUUCUUUUUCCCCGCCGGUUCGUGAUCCACAGUUGGUAGCGGCUUUAGGAUGCCUCCGGGUCCAAGCGUCAUGUAUGAGUUUUGUCUCCUUUUCUGUUCGUGGUGUUUUCAGGGCGGGCCUUCGACGUCGGGGUCUUUCGGUCGGGACGGUGGCGUGCUCAGAAGUCGGCUCGGGGAGAGAAACACACAAAUAAAGAUUGUCUUUUGUCUACUCGAAAACAA